AUGUUCCAGUCAAUUUCAAAAUCCGCCAUUCGAUAUUUAUCAACUAGUCAAUGUUUAUUAAGUCAUGAGAAUCCAUUAGGUAUACCUAGAUUAUCUAAAGAUCAGAUCCCGCGUGCAUCGCAAGGAAUUCCAAUAAGACAAAAAAUCCCCAAUGUAGCAAAUAUAAUUCUAAUAUCAUCUGCCAAAGGAGGAGUAGGGAAAUCUACAGUAUCGGUAAACACAGCUUUGGCUUUACAUAAAUUAGGUAAGAAAGUUGGUAUUUUGGACGCUGAUAUUUUUGGUCCCUCGAUUCCAAAGUUAAUGAACUUAUCAGGAGAACCACGAUUGUCCGGUACAGGAAAGUUACUACCAUUAUCAAACUAUGGAGUACAAACAAUGUCAAUGGGAUAUUUGAUAAAACCAGAGCAGGCUAUAGUUUGGAGAGGUUUAAUGGUAAUGAAGGCAUUACAACAAUUAUUAUUUGAAGUGGAUUGGUCACCAAUAGAUUAUUUAGUUAUUGAUAUGCCACCUGGUACUGGGGAUACACAAUUGUCAAUUGGUCAAUUGUUACAAAUUACUGGAGCAAUUAUUGUAAGUACACCUCAAGAUAUUGCAUUGAUUGACGCAGUGAAGGGAAUUACUAUGUUCAAUAAGAUUAAUAUACCAAUAAUUGGCAUGGUACAAAAUAUGAGUCAUUUUAUAUGUCCAAAUUGUAAUCAUGAAAGUCAUAUAUUCAAAAGUAAAGGAGCUGAAAAAGUUGCAACUGAGAACAAUUUGAAGUUGUUAAGUUCUAUUCCAUUGAAUGAAGAAAUUUGUGUACAAAGUGAUAGUGGUAAACCAAUUGUUGUCAGUGAUCCAAAUUCACCGGUAUCCAAACCUUAUUUUGAUAUAGCUAAUGAAAUUAUCAAGUUUAAAUAA